GUCCCCAUCAAGUGGAUGGCGCUGGAGUCCAUCCUCCGCCGGCGCUUCACGCACCAGAGCGAUGUCUGGAGCUACGCCCGGCACCUCCAGUACUUCGCCGACCUCACCGAGUCCAACAUCUACUACGUGACGCAGGGCAAGAAGCACUACGGGACGCCCACCGAGUUCGGCUUCUGCAUCAAGCCCUACAAGGUGCGGAGCGGCGUGAAGGGCCUGAAGCUGCUCUGCAGCGAGGACGAGCAGAGCCGGAGCUGCUGGAUGGCGGCUUUCCGCCUCUUCAAGUAAGGCAUGCAGCUCUACCGCAACUACCAGCAAGCGCAGGCGCGGCUGAGCCAGCCCCCCUGGAUCGGCCCCACGCCCCUGCGAAGCGUCUCGGACAAUGCGCUGGUGGCCAUGGACUUCUCGGGGUGCACGGGCCGGGUGAUCGAGAACCCCAGCGAGGUGCUGACGGUGGCCCUGGAGGAGGCGCAGGCCUGGAGGAAGAAGACGACGCACCGGUACAGCCUGCCGGCAGCCUGCCAGAGCUCCCCGCUCAGCACCGCCAUCCACUGCACCCAGCCCUGGUUCCACGGGCGCAUCUCCCGGGAGGACACCCAGCAGCUCAUUGGCCGUCAGGGCUUGGUGGACGGGUAUGGGGACCCCAGGGGGGGGUGCCGGGGGGGGUGCCGCGUUUGCGAGGGCCUGACCCAUGCCGCCCGGCAGAGCGAGGAGGAGGGACGGCUCUACUUCACCAUGGACGAUGGGCAGACCCGCUUCGCCGACCUCAUCCAGCUCGUGGAGUUUCACCAGAUCAACCGUGGCAUCCUGCCCUGCAAGCUGCGGCACUACUGCACCUGCGUGGCCCUCUGA